AUGGCCUCUGAUGAGCUCUCACAGGACACGAAGUCGGAAUCCUUUGCUGAAGAAGCCGCCGACCAGGGCGAGAUUCAUGCCGAGAUUCUGCAGCAAUGUCAGUCCAUCGCCGGCCGCAUCUCGACGCUGAUCGAUGAGCUCCAGCAGCUCAAAGAGGUUGUCGACCAGCGACCAGUCGUCGGCUCCAAGCCGCUCCCAUGGAAUCAAGCCAUCACGGGUCUCGGCGUCUUUGAACGCCUCGUGCUCUCGGAGAAGCGAAAUGUCGACAAUAUGCUGAAGCUCUGCGAAACAGCACAGGACGACGACACGGAUCUCGAGCUGGUGAACAAUAAACUUCGCACCAAGCUCGAUGCUUGCAACUACAAAUUUCACGAUCUCGUCUGGAGCACAGCCAAAAAGUGCCACAAUCUUGUCGGCCUGCGGCGCGACUUCUCCCGCACCCCGGCUAAUCGCAAGACCGACACGGUGAUUGUCGAUGCCGUCGUCAGUGGUGGUGCUGAGUGGAUCAAGGUCGUCAACACGACGGAGAGGAGGCUGUUUUACGAGAUGACGGAUGCCGGAUGGGACUGGGAAGACGACGAGGACGCCGACCCAGAUGAGUCGCCAUUACCGGAAGGGAGCGAGAACGACAUUGAAGUGGCACGAUUCGCCCGCCAGCUCGUCGCCGCCGCCUCCAUCACGUAUCACGACUACCGCCGACCAGCAGUCAGGAUGCUCCUGACGAGAAUCCGCGAAGGCGAAAAUCACCAUGUAGACAGGCUUCUGAACUUCAUCCGAACCUUUGGAGGCGAAAUCGACCUGACACUCGAGACUGUCUCUGACACCUCUGGCCUCCUCUCCCAGCCGACGCCGUCCAUUGCGGAUGCUCUUUCCCACCUUGUCAUCACCGAACCAUUCAAGGACUUCACCACGACCCUCAACGUCGACUGCUCCGUCUUCAUGGCCCUGGCAUCUGACUUUAGCCACAUGGCCAUCGGCCCCGGUUCAGACCUUCUCCGGUCCGCCCAGCACCUUAUCGACGCCCGCGAUGAGGUUGAAAACGGUCCACGACUGCUGACGACAAUGUACCCCGCCAUCAGCAGUCGGGAUCUGGUAUGCACGCAAGACGCCGCCGACACGUUCCUCAAGAUUGCCUACGACAUUGGUACCGAAUCCGAAGUCGCACGUGCGCGCAUUCUCUUUGAAGCAUCGCAGGACGCACCCGUCGACGCCGAUGCCAGAGCAGCUGAUUGUAAGCGUCGUCUUGAUGAACUCCGCACGCUGUCAUGCUAUGCCGUCCCUGACGACCUGCGUCUGCCCAUCCGCACCGUCGGCACCAUCACGUGGGACAGGGCCCAGCAGCUCGUUGACGCGCACGAGCUCCCCGAGGUUGCCCUUGUCGUCGGCCAAAAGGGCUCCGGCCUCAACGCUAUGAACGUUUCCUCCUUCCUCUACGGCUGGAAGGCCCACCUGACGACCAUCACGUCCAACUGGGAGGCUGCCAAGCGUCUCAAGACUGUCAUCGAGGCCAACAGGGUCGCCGGCGACGACGUCGUCGGCCCGCAGAUUUGGCGCAUUCCUUUUGCGAGGAAACUGCUGGCCAAGCCGAAGAGCUCGGGCUUGCCGCCGCUGAAGACAAGGAAGGACCGGAAGAGGGAGAAGGUUUCGUCGCUGCAGAGGUGGGCUGGCGAGGACGGGCAGACAGAAAAGGCAACGCCUGAGACGGCCGCGUCAUGA